AUGGAAGUAGCAGGUACAAUUUUGAGAUUUGAUUAUGUCUAUUUCGUCUUCCGGAAAACUAAUUUCGAGCAGCGGCGGACGAACAUGGCAGCGGCGGCGGGCGUUAUAGGGCGGUGGAUAGCAGAGGCAACGCCGCGUGAGAAUUUGGGCGGCCACCGGGCGAGCCAUAAGAAGUCCAAUCCGAAUUAUUCCCUGACGACUGGAGAGGAAGGUGGAUCGAUUUUGUCUGCCGCCGCCGCUGCCGCCGAUGUUUCUCCCCCGCAUUUGAUCGGUAAGGGUUUGAAUAUAGAGAGAAAAGUGAAAAUUCACGAGUGCUCCAUCUGUGGAUCUGAAUUCGGGUCGAGGCAGGCGCAGGGUGGCCACAUGAGAAAGCGCAUGACCGCGAGCAACAACGGCAACGCUAACAAAAGCGCCAAUGACUGCGAGUCGUCUCUCGAUGAAGUAGGCGAGAGAGCAGGGAAUGUGGCGGUUGUCGAUUUCGAUCUUCCCCAAAUUUCCUCAAACCCUAGAUUGAAGUUAAAAGUUAAUCGGUAUUUCCACGUGUAUUCGGUUUUUUCAAGUUAA